CCAUCGUCUUUCGAAAUCCCGCAGCAAAAUGGCGACGCUCAGGCUCGAAACAUGCCAUGUCGCCUGUUCGGCUAACAGGACGCCCAACGUCGUGUCUUGGGGCCGCGGGGGGGCGCUCGCUUUUGGGGCAUGUCACUCCGUCGCACUGUACGACCCGCAGGAAAGACGAGUUUUGUCAAUGCUGAAUGGCCACACAGCAAGAGUCAACGCCGUCCAGUGGGUCUAUAAAGAAGACGGUGGUCCCGAAACCCACCUGGUCUCAGGAGGCUCGGACAGUCGCAUCCUGCUUUGGGCUGCUCAGAAUGGCGAGGGGAACCUCUGCCGCCAAGGAGAACAAUCCCCUUCUUGUGUGCAGUUUGUCCAGUCGGUGGAGUGCAAAGGCCACACGGGUGCCGUUUGCGCCGUGGACGCCCUCUACGUUGGCACCAGUAUCUUGGUGGCUUCUGCAGCGGCGGACUCCAGCGUUAGGCUGUGGCGCUGCGGUGACACCAAAGAGGCCGAGUGUCUCCACUCGCUAACAUUGGGCAACGGGUUCGUGAUGGACGUCUCCCUGGCUCUGCUGCCAGGCACUCGAGUUCCCGUUCUGGCCUGCGGGGGCGACGACUCUCGGGUCCACCUGUACGUGCAGUCCCGAGAGGAGAAGCUGCAGAGAGUCCUGACGCUGCAGGGACACGAGGACUGGGUGCGUGGCGUUGCCUGGACAGCCAUAGGCAGCGAGCUGCUGCUGGCCAGCUGCUCGCAGGACUGUCUCAUCCGAGUGUGGCGGCUGCGCGCCAAGCCCGGGAGCGGCGCCCGGGCCGAGGGCGACCGGGAUGACGCUGUCAUCAGAAUGAAAGAGGACGUUUUUGGAGUGGAGUGGCAAGAGGAGGACCGAGUCUUUGCAGUGGCUCUGGAAACGGUGUUGGCGGGACACGAGAACUGGGUGUACGGCGUACACUGGCAGCCUCAUGGGGGUGGCGAGAAGCAAGAGCCACUCAGUUUGCUCUCAGCCUCCAUGGACAAGACCAUGAUCAUCUGGAAGCCGGAUCAGGAAUCUGGAGUCUGGACAGAGCAGGUGCGUGUCGGCGAGGUGGGCGGUAACACGCUGGGCUUCUACGGUGGCCAGAUGAGUCCGGACGGUUGCAUGAUCCUGGCGCACGCCUUCCACGGUGCUCUCCACUUGUGGAGCAAGGACGCCGACUCGGGCGAGUGGAGGCCUGACGUGGUGCUGUCGGGCCACUUUGAUGCCGUCCAGGACCUGAUCUGGGAUCCCGAAGGCCAGUUUGUGCUGAGCGUGAGCUCAGACCAGACCGCCCGCCUCUUCACGCCGUGGAGUGGCCGGCCGCGGCCCAGCUGGCACGAAAUUGCGCGUCCGCAAAUCCACGGCUACGACGUGCAAUGCCUGGCCGUGCUGGGCCGCUUCCGCUUCGUGUCGGGCGCCGACGAGAAGGUUCUACGCGUCUUCCAGGCGCCGCGCAAUUUCAUGGACAACUUGGCCAACAUUUCAGGGACGUCCAGGGAAGAGCUGCUGGGGUCCGACGACUGCGCCCGGCUGCCCGAAGGCGCCAGCACGCCCGCCUUGGGAUUGUCCAACAAGGCUGUCUUUCAAGCUGAUCUUGUUCCAUCAAUCAAAGACGGCGAGGAAAAGUUCAGCGGCGCCUCUGACCGAUAUCAAGAGUCUAACUUCCACCCUAUCAACAUGAGCGAACCUCCACCGGAAGAUCAUUUGCUGCAGAACACACUUUGGCCCGAGGUGCAAAAACUGUACGGCCAUGGCUUUGAGAUGUUCUGCCUGGCUUCUGACAGAGGCGGGACGGUGGUGGCGUCGGCGUGCAAGGCGUCCAAGGCGGAGCACGCGUCGGUGCUGUUGUGGAGCGCCAGCACGUGGCGCCAGCUCCAGGCGCUGCCAUGCCACGCCCUCACUGUCACUCAGAUGGCCUUCUCGCCCGACGACGCCAUGCUGCUACUCGUCUCCAGAGACCGUACCUGGUCUCUGUGGCGCCGACAACAGGCUCAUCCAGAGCCUCAGUAUGCUUUAUACGCACGCACUACGAAGGAUACGUCGGUGCACAGCCGCAUCCUCUGGUCAUGUGACUGGAGUCCCGACGGCACAUACUUUGUGACGUCCAGCCGGGACAAGAAGGUGCUGGUGUGGGGACCUUGUCCAAAGGACCGGCUUGAUGACUCGGUCGCUCCCGCUGAGGUGAAGCCGCGCUCCUCCAUCUUGGAUGUGGGCGAUUCUGCUACAGCCGUCACCUUCUGCCCGCAGCUCUGCUCGGACAACAGUUACCUCCUGGCCGUGGGACUGGAGUGCGGCCGGAUAAUUGUGUUCGGGUGGAGGCCCGAUGGAGAUCACGCCGGAGGCCAAGACUGGAUCAGAUACGGCGAAACGGACCCUUCACAAAGUCACACGCUAGCCAUCAAACGCUUGCGCUGGAGCCCCCGGGCAGGCCGGGCGGGGGUCCCGGAGGAGAGCACCAGCGCCUGGCUGCAGCUGGCCAGCGCCAGCGCCGACCAUGCCGUUAAGAUCUUUGACGUCAAUGCCGAGGCUCUUUAGCGCCACCUGUCCACCACCCAUGUACACAAAUGAUUAUCACGUUUUGUUUGCUGACCUAUAAAACAUUUUUUACGUGCUCACCGAUUCCAUGCGGUCAGUCAACAGAACUAAAGAGAAGUGAGGCAGAAUUUGCCACCUUGCACAUUAAAAAUCAAGGGCACUCUCAAAGGUGAACUGCCAGCGUCUCAGGGAGAUUCGUUUCCGCGUAAUGUCGUUACCGGAAUCGUCCAUCCGACCCGAGCGGCAUAUUAAUGCUCGGAUGCCCUUGAAGGCUUCUCUAGGAAAUACGUGCAGUGAAAAAAAAAAUGGUCAAGACUCAUUUUGUCACUUUCAGUCUCACUUUAUUCAACAAUGAUGUGAAACGUAAAAGCCAGUCCAGAACAUUCAGAAGAGAAAGAAGGUCGCUUUUGAAACCCCGCUCACAAUUAGCGCCUACAUAUUCAGGUCCGGAAUAACAACUAAUGGCUCUCUGAGAAAAUAAAGAAAAGUAAAUAACAAAUAAGAACAUUCAGGUAUUUCCAACAUGUGAUACUUUUUCUUUUAUACAACGCUUCCAUAUCUAUAACUCAUCUGUACAUAACAGUUACAGAUACUGUAAAUUAAGGUUUGCCCAAAAAGAAUUCAAAAGAUUAAAAGGAGACGACUUCCAAAGUA